AUGGCUACAGUUGGAAACCUACAGAUAUAUUACGGCGCUACGGACCGGUAUGAGCCUUUGCCGUCGACUUCAACUAGAUUCAAAGUGGCAGAGGCUGUCGUCAAACUCGCACUUGCCAUACUUGAAAGCCCAGAGGGGAAGGAAAGCAUUGUUAAAAAAAACCCCUUUGUCCAUAUAUACCGAGAACCUCUUGAGGAUAUGGGCUACUGGGUUGGCAAGUUUCUUGAAAGUGUCAAAGAGGAUUUCCCACUUGUUUACAUAUCGGAAAAUGUAGCUGGUGAGGCAGAGGCAGAACGCCUACCAUGGGGUCGUGAAUUGCGAAACUAUAAUGCAGCGAUUGCUGGUCGGGUAUUUCUGAGUAAAGUUAUCAUCGACAACAUGGUAUAUGCUCGAGAAAAACAUGAGAUUGCGGGGAUUACGUACAACUUGUUCAAAUUCCAGAUGGGAAUUUCUGUCGCACACGAAAUCAUUCACCUUCUGACGGGUUUCCUUACUGGUGAAUCCCGUCCUGACACGCCACCGGGUGUCACGAUGGAUCCCUUUGGGUCCCGGGAUACUGGUGAAGCUGGUCGAUACUGGGAGGGGAUUCUUCUCGGUGGUAUCGUCGAGUGCUGGGCCAACAAGAAUGAUAUUAUGGGAGUACGACAAUCCGGAACUCCUUAUCUGUUUGAGACAGGACACUCAAAUUCAAAUGGAUGGAGAAUUUCUUCAACCUACAUUGAAAGCUUCAUCAAUGGUGUAUUUUCUUUUCCUAUCAGAGUCUCAAAUCCUGCGGAAACCUUGACUCGUUCCAGUCUCAAGCGCGCUCAAUCACAAGAAACGUCCAACCUUCGCACAAGAAGAAGGCAACGCAAUGCGCCUCCAACCGCUUCUCCAGCCCCUGGUCAUUCGAGUGCUAGCAUAGCCUAUCGACGCCUUCCUGCCAACUGUGAACAGUAUCCUGUACAGACGGCCCCUGUCCAGUUUUAUCUCACCCAGCCUGUGAACCGCGUACCGCCUUAUUCUCCCUAUUCUGAAAGUAGCUCGACCCGAAGCUAUCCUCCUCAGGCUCGAUCCUAUUAUCCGCCUUCAAGUGGAUCCAGCCGCUCAUACGAUCCUUAUAACAGACGAUAA